UCACUGGGUACGGAGUACUCCGUAGAUGCGGUGCCCUUUUCUGCACAGUGUGACCCGGGCAAUCCCCACGAUCCUCGACCUGCCUCACCUCCUCGCAGCCGAUGUCUCUACCAUCUGGGUGGCCUCAUUCAAUCCCUCACAGGCGAUGAGCACCGUCUCAUCCGCUGGACGCGCCGUUGUGAUCUACAUCUAGUAUGACGAUGGGACAGGGAGAGCCGCGAGCCAUUCAUCCGUUCUUUCGACGCGAACUCGCAGUGUCUACAGGUCCUAUUGCCCAACCCCCCGUCACCCAUCACUUUCCCCAAGGCUCGGAUCUCCUCCAUCAACCGCCAUCCACCAGCCAUGCCCCGGCCUUAUCCUCUUCCCCCGAGCCGUCCGCCCCGUCGGUUGCGACGCUAGAUCAUGACCCAAAUUCCACCCGCCGAAAGAGACGGAAGACAGACAGGGAUGGGCCUCUCGAUGCGGCCCCUGGCCAGGGAUCAGUGGGGGAUCAUGUGGUCUCCAAGAACACGCGGUCUCAUGCCAGAGAAGCGACUCCGGGGGUGAAAGUACCUGCUAGCACCCCCAGGAACGCCUCCGGAUCUCCCGAACCUCACGCCGGUAUCGAGUCCGGCGCCCCUUCUGCCCAAGGGUCGAUUGCGCCUUUGACUACCCCAGAACCCGAUCGACAGGCGAUCGCGCCCCCGGGCGCCGCCCAGGAACAGGCCACUAAAAGGCGAUCCCCUCGGCAGAAAGUGAUCAAGUUGAACCCUAACGGGAAACUGUUAUCAUCCCCGGUGACAAACAAAGUCGAGGAUAAAUCCGCAAGGAAGAAAGCUGGCAAGCGCAACAAAGCGGAUGCUCAAAGGCCUGCCAGCUCGGAGAGCAAAUUGGUGAUCAUCAAAUAUGGAAAGCAAGGUGAUGGGAGGAUUCGUGUUGGACGACUGAUUGAUGGUAUACUCAAUGGCCAGAAGAAGCAUGGCUCCCCCAACCAGACCCCUCUGCCUCCAGCCCCAGCCCCUUCCACAGUCAGACAGCAGCCAGUGAAGCCUACCCAUCCAUUCUUCAUGAAGAAGGCCACAUGCAAGCUAGAUACGCCAGCCGCGCAAUCCCAGGAGCCCAAACCCCCACCCUCGCAAGCCGCCGCAGGAACGGAGUCGACAGCUCGCUCUCUCCUGAGCCGUGGCACAUGCUCAACAGGCACUAUAACUCCAUCUUCCACAGCUUCCACGUCAUUCAUACAGCGUCGCUCCAAAUUUCCAGAACCCAUUCAGCCACUCUGGCCUCCGCGCGAUCUCGUUCAUGUUCGGGGUAUUACGGAAUGUCCCAGUGUACAGGGUGAUAAAGCGGGCUCUUCCGUUGAUUGGGAUCGAAGAAAGGCGAAGAUGGCGGCGGUCAGCAUCAGUGAUAACGAAAGCGUGCUCUCACAGCUAAUACGGAAGUACUCUUCUGAACCUCCGCAUCGCCCAAGGAUCCCUUCAAGACAUGCUGCCAGCGGGAAGGUGAUACAGACAGCUGUGGUCAGACAGCUGUGGGCAACUUCAGACGACAAGAAGUCGCUCGCAGGAUCCUGCCACCCAGCCCUGACGAAGCUCCAUUCGUUGCUUCCCGACUCUAUGACUGCUUUUGACCGCGGCGAGUUCGACACGUUGAAUUGGACCCAGAAAUAUGCUCCUCAAUCAGCCCAGCAAGUCCUGCAAACGACGAAAGAGGCAUACAUGCUGCGGGACUGGCUGCAAUAUCUAAUGGUGUCGACAGUUGACACGGGCAAAUCUUCCAAGAAGGAUGACAAAGUGAAGAAGAACAGCGAAGAAAGGAAACGGAAGAAACGAAAGAAGGAGAAUUUAGAUGGCUUCAUUGUGUCAAGCGAGGAUGAAGCGCUUGCAUUGGACCCUGUCGAUGACUCUGAUGAUGAACUAGCGGGCGAUGUAACCACCAAGAGAACCGUGAUUCGAUCCGGGGAUUUCCUGCUCAGUUCGAAGUCGGGGGCGGAAAAAAGCCGUGUUUCCAAUGUAAUCCUUCUCAGCGGUCCUUCGGGAUGCGGGAAAACGGCUUCAGUUUAUGCGGUGGCGAAGGAGCUCGAUUUCGAAGUAUUCGAGAUCAACCCUGGAAACCGCCGUAGCGCCCGAGACAUUGUGGACCGCGUGGGUGACAUGACCCGCAAUCAUCUAGUGCAUAACCCGAACCCUGGCGAGGUGCCAGCCGCUGAUCUACAGGAUGAUGAACCGGUCGAUCAGAAGCAGAACAAACUAGUGGGGUUUUUCAAAUCGCGCGCUGCUGAAGAGUCAACGCGCAACACCAGAACCCAUGCCAAGAGCGCCUCUCAAGAGACGGAUUCGAAAAGGCCCCGGCAUCAAAAGCAAUCGCUGAUAUUGCUAGAGGAAGCGGAUGUUCUCUUCGAAGAGGAUAAGCAGUUUUGGUCCGGAGUCCUGACACUAAUCAAUCAGUCGAAACGGCCAAUCGUCAUCACCUGUAACGAUGAAAGUCUCAUUCCAGUUCAGGACAUAUGGUUCCAUGCCAUCCUUCGCUAUCGAGCACCUCCGGUAGAUCUCGCGAUCGACUACAUCCUCCUCCUGGCUGCAAAUGAAGGCCACAUGCUCAAACGAAAUGCUGUUGAAGACCUCUAUGCGUGCACAGGAAAAGACCUUCGGCGGACCAUCAUGGAACUUGGCUUUUGGUGUCAGAUGGCAGUUGGUAGCAAAAAGUCGGGUCUUGACUGGAUAAUCGAUCGAUGGCCGGAAGGGUCAGACGUCGACAAGACUGGCGGUCAGCUCAGAGUGCUCAGUCUGAACACGUACGAGCCGUACAUGGGCUGGUUUGGUCGCGACAUGUUGAUGUGUGACGAAUUGGAUGCCGCCAUAGAAUCUCAGCAGGAGUGCCUUACUUGGUGGCAGCUCAGCAUGCAAGAGUCGGAGAGUAUGGCCGACUCCAGGCCCGACUCUUCACGGUUGCGAUUGAAACCAGACCCGGCCAUGUCGAAUCUGGAACGACUUGAUCAGCUACAACAGGCGUCCGAGUGGACGGAUAUGAGGGGCGUCCUGGAUCUUCUCUGCCGCCCUUGCUCAGUUAACCCGGACUUGGACAUCACGGAUAUUUCAGCCCCCCCAAUCCCCGAGAAGCAGAGGAUGAAUUACACUGAAGGCUAUACGUUGCUGGAUACCGCCCUUAUGCCGAACUAUGCGCAGACCCCGACUGCGAUCGCUUGUACAUUUGAAGUGCUACUCGAGAGAACCUUUCGACCGGCUGGGGGACAGGAUAGCGAGACCAUGCGAGCCGCACAAGUGCUGGACAGUGUGGCCAGGUCGAAAGCUACGAACACAGCCCAGACAGGUCUUCUCUCGGCUUUCGCGCCCCUGAUGCGGGCUGACAAUGUGUUCCCUGCACCAACGGGACGCCUGGCCCCUUCAUUUGAGAACGGUCUGGGCCCUAUUACCGAAGACCUGGGCCCGUACAUUCGAGGGAUCAUGGCCUACGACGUCCGUCUCGCGCAAUAUCGGCACCGGCUGACUGGGGGAGUAUCCGAGGAGCAGAGUAAUACGAAACGGGCGCGACAGACUCGUGCGAGUCGAGCGGCACUGGAAGGGGGUAGCAAAGCCCACACGCGGAAAGAAAGAUGGUUCCCGACCGACACGAACCCAUCGCUGAUUCUGGCUACUGGCCAACCCGAAUGGCAGGAGAUCUUGGUGCAGCAGGGGUAUUUUGUGGUGCCAUCAGGUGGGGAGAGUAUGGAGUCAAGUUGUCAUAUUCCAUUAGCCUAAUGGUGCCGGCCAUGGGAGGGCAACUGGCCGUAAAGGCACUUUACCCUCGAAGCAAGAAUCCGAAGCACAAUGCCGUAUCCAACAUUCCCGCCCGUAUGAGGCCAUGCCAAAAAGCCACGCGUAUAGAAACUGGCUGCGAGCGAGUGGGAUCAUCUGUUG